AUGGCGGCCGAAUCACCACCGGGCAUUUCCCCGCCUCCCCCAGCUCCCUCCUCCAAGAUCAAGAUCACCACCACCCUCCCAACGCGCCCCCUACCGCCCAACGCCCAGCGCGCCCCCAUCCUCACGCCACGGCUCGUGAUCCGGCCCUUCGCGCCCACGGACCUCGACGGCAUCCACGCGCUGCGCUCGCAGCCCGAGGUCAUGCAGUGGACGUCGGUGGGACGGCCGGACCGCGACCGCGCCGAGACGCAGGCCUUCAUGGACCGCUACCUGCCGCCGAACGAGGGCCGCAGCUACGACUUCGUCAUGUGCGACCGCGCGACGGGGCGGGUGCUGGGCACGGGCGGCAUGCACAAGAUGGAGUGCCUCGAGCUGGGCUGGCCUGAGGUCGGCUAUAUGUUCCGGAAGGAGGCCUGGGGGCGCGGGCUGGCUACGGAGUUUUUGACGGCGUGGACGGAGGCUUGGUGGGCGCUGCCCCGGUCUGUCGUCGAGGUCGAGGUUGAUGCUGACUCUGUCGCGGGACUGGAGGCUGGUCCCGGCACCCAGUUGCCGGAGAUGGUCUCAGCCAUGGCGGAGAGCAACAACCCGGGCAGUAUCAGGGUGCUGGAGAAAGCGGGUUUCAGGUCGUUCAAGACGUGGAAAGAACCGGAUAGUCGGCCGGGCUUCGAGAACCUGGAUGUCGAGCUCAUCGGUUUCGCGCUCCAAAGGCCGUGA